AUGCCCACCUCCACCCACCCCAAAAAGUUUAUGUUUGCUCCCCCUAACAACACUGCUGCUGAGGGUAGCUGUAGCCUAACGGUUAGAGAAGUUGGCUUGGGACUGAAAGGUUACCGGUUCAAUCCCCUGGACUGGCGGAGACAGAUCAAGGUAACAGACCUGUCUCCAUCCAUCCUACCAUACCCGUGCGGGCCAGUAGACUUACUGCCCUCACCCUUGCCAAGAAAGAAAGCCCCGCCUCCUCCCAGACCAUGCCCUGCCCAAAUUACAGAAAAGCCCCGUCCAGAGCCCAGAGCCACAGCCAGGAAGCCCACCUCGCAGAAACCUCAAGUGCCCCCUAAACCGGCCCACCUGUUGGAGCUGGGGCAGGACAAGCGGCCAAAGAGGAUCCCCCCAGCCCCCUGCCGUCCUCUCCCCACACCUCCUCCAAAACCCAGGACCUGCCAGGGACCCAGUAGACCUGGCUCAGAUCAGGCCCAGGAACCACAGACCACCACCUCCACCUCCACCUCCACCAAGAGUGUGUGUCUGCUCAUUGAGAAGUUUGAGAAUUCCAGGGUCCCCAUUCUGGGCGUCCAGCAAAGGCCCGCACUCGGGUUGUUUCUGAAUAUGGAGGCUCCGCCCACAGCCGAGGCUGACUCUGCCCCUGACCCAGGAUCAGCAGCAACAGGUCCUCAGGACUGUGCCUCUGUGGAGGGACUUGUACAGAAUGCCUCUGAGAGGUCAUCGGAUGUUCCGGAACUUUCUGAGUUUGUCUCUUUACGUGUCGAUAGUUCUGACAAACCCGAAAAUGACGCAUACCAGGACUGUAUCCGUAACGACAUGGAACACAACCAUAGUGAUGCGGAGGGUGACCACAGUGAUGUGGACCGUAACAAUGGUGACGUGGAAGCUAAUGCUUUGACGCAGGGUUCUAAUGAACGUGGUGAUAGUCAGGAUGUUGGAGAGACGGAAGCAAAUGGAAAAAUCCCAAACAGAGAUAGUGGUAUUGACAGCCCGUCAUGCGGUGCGGAGGUAGACGUCUUCCAGAAUGAGGACACCAUCGAAGAGGAGGAGAGGAAUGACAGCGUUGCCACAGAAACGGAGAGCGUGUCCUGUCUGACUGCAGGCAACAAACGGGACUCGACACAGGAUGAGGACAGUGACCUGGACGAAGGGAGCAGCGGUGAACCAGACAGCCUGGAGAUAAAAACCCAGGACCAGAAGCUGUUGAACAUCGCUAAAGAGCUGCUUCAGACAGAAGAAGCUUAUGUUAAACGACUCAAUCUGCUGGACCAGGUGUUCUGUACUAAGCUGACAGAAGCUGGUAUUCCUGGAGAAGUUAUUAACGGCAUCUUCUCCAAUAUCUCCUCCAUCUACCUUUUUCACCAUCGGUUCCUCCUGCCUGAGCUUCAAACACGUAUCACACAGGAGUGGAGCUCUAACCCGCGGAUAGGGGACAUCCUGCAGAAGCUGGCUCCAUUUAUGAAGAUGUAUGGAGAAUACGUGAAGAACUUUGACCGCGCCAUGGACCUGGUUAAUACCUGGACACAGCGGUCCACGCAGUUCAAGAGUGUCGUCCAGAACAUCCAGAAACAGGACGUGUGUGGAAAUCUGACGUUACAGCAUCACAUGUUGGAGCCAGUUCAGAGAAUACCACGCUAUGAGCUGCUGCUCAAAGACUACCUGAAAAAACUGCCUGACGACACCCUGGACAGGAAGGACGCAGAGAAGGCAUUGGAUUUGAUUUCCACAGCUGCAAACCACUCAAAUGCUGCCAUCAGGAAAAUGGAGAAGAUGCAUAAGCUGCUGGAAGUGUAUGAGCGUUUGGGGGGAGAGGAGGACAUUGUUAACCCUGCGAAUGAGCUCAUUAAAGAGGGACACAUUAAGAAGAUGUCUGCGAAGAAUGGCACUGCACAAGACCGCUACCUUUAUCUGUUCAAUAACAUGGUUCUGUACUGUGUGCCAAAACUAAGACUGAUGGGACAGAAGUUUAGCGUGAGGGAGAGAAUUGACAUCGCUGGCAUGGAGGUUCAGGAAAAUGUAAAGCAAAACCUCCCUCAUUCAUUUGCCAUCAUUGGCAAACAACGCUCUCUGGAACUGCAGGCCAGGACUGCUGAGGAGAAGGAAGACUGGAUACAGGUGAUCUUGGCCACAAUAGAGAGACAUAAACAGAACAGUGAGACUUUUAAGGCUUUCAACAGCUCUUUUUGCCGUGACGACGAACACAUCCUAGAUUCACCGGGCCCAUGGAUUAGCACGUCUGUGGAGUCUGAUGGCGUAGUGCAUGAGAGGAAAAGUUCUAAGAGGAGAGAGAAAGAGAAAGAGACGUGCAAAGGCUGUAACGACACCUUCAACUUCACCAAACGCAAACACCACUGCAAGAGCUGUGGCGCAGCCAUAUGUGGUAAGUGCUCUAAGGUGUCAGAGAUUAAGGGGAUUCGUUUGUGUAAGCAUUGUUAUGAAGCUCAGCUGGGCACAGAAGGACCGCCCGUCUCUGCUGCCGAGGUCAAGAGGAAAGCCGCUGUCGAGAAGCAGCCAUCCCUGUCAGAGGAUGGCUGUGUGAUGUGUAGUUAUCUGCAGGUGCAGGAGAAGGGUAAGACUUGGACCAAGUCCUGGGUGGCCAUCACUAAAGCUGAACCUUUAGUCCUCUAUGUGAGCUGCAGUGUCCAGGAUUCACGCAGUGCUCGAGCCAUUCCGCUGCCAGGAUAUGAGGUCAGCACGUCAGCGUCAGAAAAGACAGACGCUAAGCACGUGUUUCGGUUAAGCCACUCCCAGCAUGCUUUGCUCUUCAGUGCACCAGAUGUGGAGCUCAUGACCAAAUGGGUGGAUCUUCUGUCAAGGGCGACGAGAGGAGAGGCUACAGAGACGUCAGUCAGCCUGACAGAACACGGAAAGAGCCAGUGA